CACAGAGUUCAGCCUUCAUACUAGCGCUCAAGUCUCCCCAGUCAUUCACACACUUAGUUAAUCUGAGUUUUGCUUGCAGAAAGAAAUCUUUUUCUCGUCUCAUGGCUAUCCAACAUAGUUCUAUACUGUUGCCUUAACUGGAGGGACGUUUUCAGGAGUUCUGCACUUUUGGAUUACAUGGGAAAUUAGUGGUGCUGGUGUUCUCUGUGCCAGGAUGGAGUGCAUGCCUGCAGUAUUGAUGUUAAUGGCAAUACUAACAGCUGCCUUUGGAGAAAACGAUUAUUAUUUUAUGGAAAACCCAUCUAAUAUAACUUCCUCAUUGGGAAAAGACAUAGUUCUUAGGUGCAGUGUGAAAGUAAAAGAGACUUUUCCUGAUGUGGAAUGGUUGCAUAAUGGAGUGCCAUUAGAAUUUGCUGAUAGCAAUCAGAUCCAGAUGCCCUUGGAUGAAGAUGAGCAAUGGCUAGUCAUCAGUGAAUUGAGCAUUCCCUCCCUGCAGUUGUCAGACUCAGGGCAAUAUAGCUGUGCAGUAACUAUUGAAGGAGAGGAGAUUCUAUCUGACGAGGCCUACUUGGAGCUGGAAGGUUUGCCAGUUUUUAUUGAAGAACCCCAAGAUCUAGAUACUUACCCUAAUCAAUCAUUCAACCUCAGCUGUUAUGCCCAGGGUCCCCCUGAUCCAGUUUAUGUGAUAUGGCUGCAGAAUGGGGCCCCCCUAAACUCUCUCAAGGAUGCCUUAGCAUUGCCGCCUUCUUUUCUAGAAGUGAAAGGCCUCAAUAAAUCUUCCUUGUUCUCUUGUGAAGCUCAUAAUGCUAAAGGAGUCACUACAUCGAGAACUGCAACCAUUAAAGUACUACCAGAGAAGCCAAGAGACUUGCAGCUACUGUCCCAGAGUUCUACAGAACUUGAGAUAUCAUGGCAGCCUGGAAGAAGUGGGGUCCACCCACAACAUAUUUGCACUGUACAGGCUUCUCUCCCCCAUUCAGGCUUUAGCACCCACCCCCAUCAUAAGAUUUAUAACCAGAACCUUAAUGUGCCCCCUUAUAGCCAUGUGAUUGGUAGCCUGACCCCAUACACCACCUACAAUGUCCGUGUUGCCUGCCUGAGCAGUGAGGGUGUAUCCCAUUGGACUGACUGGGUUGCCAUGAAAACCACAGAAGGAGUUCCAGCAGGACCUCCUGAAAAUGUCACUUUAACAACAAACGGAACUGUAACCAUUGUGAUGUGGACAGAACCGCAGCCACCCAUUAAUGGAAUUUUGCUAGGAUAUAAACUGGCAUAUAGAAUAAAAGAAAUGGAAGAGGUUGUAGUUGAUGCAGGUUUGACCAAUAAAGAAAUACUUGAGACAGCAAAUCCUGAAGAUCUGACUGUAAGGGUGGCUUCAUAUACAAAUGCUGGUGAUGGACCCUGGAGUGAUCCUGUAACUUUUUCUUCUAUUAUGGAUACAUCAACACCUUUUACUUCUGCAGUUGUAAAUCCUGCACCACUUUUCUCCUGGCAUUGGUGGUAUGUUUUUCUAGCCGUCGCUGUAGCAUUUUUCUGUGCUAUAUGUAUUGCUAUUUUCCUGGCACGCAUAAGGAAGAAGGAGACACGCUACGGAGAGGCUUUUGAGCCGACCGUGGAACAAGGGGAGCUUGUAGUGCAUUACAGAGUAAAGAAAUCAUACAGCCGGCGCACUACUGAAGCUACAUUAAACCGACUGGGUAUCAGCAAUGAUCUAAAAGAGAAGUUACGUGAUGUCAUGGUAGAUAGGCACAAGCUGGCACUUGGCAAGACUCUUGGGGAAGGAGAGUUUGGCUCAGUCAUGGAAGGACAGUUAAACCAAGAUGACUACAUCCUUAAAGUGGCUGUGAAAACAAUGAAAAUUGCUAUCUGCACCCGCACAGAGAUGGAAGAUUUUCUGAGCGAGGCUGUCUGUAUGAAAGAAUUUGACCAUCCAAAUGUCAUGAGACUUAUAGGUGUUUGUCUGCAGAAUACUGAGAACGAGGGAUACCCAUCACCUGUGGUCAUCUUGCCCUUUAUGAAGCAUGGAGACUUACAUAGCUUUCUCCUUUACUCACGACUGGGUGAUACACCUCUUUUCCUACCCACGCAAACACUGGUGAAGUUCAUGACAGAUAUUGCAAGUGGCAUGGCCUACCUGAGCAGCAAGAACUUCAUUCACAGAGACCUCGCAGCCAGGAACUGCAUGCUAAAUGAGAACAUGAACGUCUCUGUGGCAGAUUUUGGCCUCUCCAAGAAAAUCUACAAUGGAGACUAUUACAGGCAAGGCCGUAUCGCAAAAAUGCCUGUAAAAUGGAUUGCAAUAGAGAGCCUAGCAGACAGAGUCUAUACAACAAAAAGUGAUGUGUGGUCUUUUGGGGUGACUAUGUGGGAGAUUGCUACUCGAGGUCAGACACCAUACCCUGGUGUGGAGAAUAGUGAAAUAUACGACUACCUGCAGCAGGGGAACCGUCUGAAGCAGCCUCCGGAUUGUCUUGAUGGAUUGUAUGAGCUGAUGUCCAGCUGUUGGCAGCUGAAUGCCAAAGACCGUCCAUGUUUUGAUACACUGUAUAGAGAGCUGGAGAAAAUUUCCAAGAACCUCCCUCCAAUUAAGGAUCCUGAGGAGAUUCUGUAUGUUAAUAUGGAAGAUGCCUCCUCUCCUUUGUCUGAAGAUUUUGGUGAGUUAGGUGCAGUAGGUGGUCAAGAUGCCAAGGAUCUUGGAGACGAUAUUUUUUUCAAAGCUGGUCCAGUCACUGCAGAGGUUCACCACUCCGAAAAUUCGAAUCGAUAUGUUAUGUGCCCAGCCCAUGAGACAACGCGACUUUUGGGGACAACAACAUCUACAGAUCACCCAUCUUACAGCUCUGCACUAGAUGAGGGAACUAUAGAAGAGGUGAUAACUUCCACAGGUUUCAGACAAUAGUCCAAGCCAAGCUGCAUUAUGUUUUACUCUAAUGCAUAUGCACAAACUUCUAGUGGUGAGUUCUAAACACAUUUUAUAAGGAACUUUCCAGCCAUUCCAUUUUGAAGGCAUUGCCUUUUAAAAACCCACCACUGAUCUUUUUGUUUGUGGGGUUUUCUUUUUUUUUACCUGCUGUCCUGGUCAUGUGUUGAAGUAUUUAAAGUAUCUUAGAAGGUUCUGAGAUAUGAUUAUGGAGAUUUGUGACCAAAGACUGGAUGGACCUCCUAACUGCCAUGAUCAACUUGCAAGAAUGUAGCCAUAAGUAUUUUAUUUCUUGACUCAAAUAAGUGGACUAUUUUGAUGCUUUUAUAUUGACUGUGGUCCUUCUACUUUUAAUAUUUGGAACAUUUUGUAUUUUACAGCUUAUGUUCGAACCAUGAGUUUCAUGUGCAUUUUGAACAAUAUUCCUCAACAGUAUGGAAAGGAAUUGUAUGUUAAUGUUAAUUACUUACUGCAGUCACAGAAUUACAUAUGGGGAAAAUAUUCUCCAGGCAUUCUAUUGUGUGGUAAUGUGCCUUAAUGACAGAGUCAUUUAAUGAACUAAAGUUGGUUAACUGGGUGUUUGGUUUAAAGGGCUGAUGGUUCAGUCACAUGUGGUAAUAUAAAGACGGUCACAUGCAUAAUUGUGUAGGGAUAAGCUUCUUAAGGGAUCUAAUGCUAUUGAAAUAUUUAAUGGGUUAACUUAUAUGCCUUGCGUGUAGUAUAGUGACCUAACUAAACUCACAUGUAUGCUAGAUUAAAAUAUCAGUCCAAUGUAGAAAAACAGGGGCUAACUUGCAGCAAUAUCAUUGUAUGAUAUGCAGCAGCAAUAUCUAUGUAGCAGCAUUGUGAUCCAAAGAGAGUACCAUAAAGGAAUAACACAGCCUAGUUACAGUGGCAUAGAAAAGAAAACAAAACAAUAACAAAAGCUAACAGCAAUAAUGUUAUUGGCAGUCAUAAACUGUGUAAGUGGAUAUCAGACUCUCCUUUUCUUUUUAUUUUUCAUUUGAGCAGACUGACUGGUUACAUUACAAACCAGGAUAUACACACAUUUCCGAUUGCUGCUCCUCCCAUAUUGGGAAAGAAAAAAGAUACCAUACAAAUCUGGUUUUGGAAAUCUUUCAUCAUUUGUGGGUCAUUUGCUUGACUGCUAACACUAUGAAGGACAGUAUUAUCUUUUUUUAAAUGCUAAAAUGCACAUUUGCACUAGGAUAUCUUAUUUUCAUUAUAAUAAUCUACUGCAUUCUUUUUGGUAUGCAUACUUUCAUUUUAAAAGGACACCCUCAUGUUUAUUUCUACUUUCAUGGAAGUCACAUUGUUCUAGGGAACAGCCAGAAUGUUUUUAAUUAGCAGUCAGGCAGGUUCUAUACAGACAUAAAAGGCUGAAUUUAAUGGACACGUGUCAGGGAAUCUGCUGUAAGAUCCUACUGACAGUCACAGUUUUGGCUGGUGGGGUGCUAUUUGGGCUUCUGUGUCCUUGAAAUGCCAGAGCUCCUCUUUCAUUCUUGCUGCCAAGUGAGAUGCGCAAAAUCUGUAUAUAUUAUGUUGCUCUUCUCUCUGUCUUAGUAAGAGAUGGAUAAACUCAGUGGCUUGUAAUACACUUCUGUUUCAGAUUGUAGUGGGAAGCACAAAUAUGUAUUAUAUUGCCUUUUUGUCUGUUGUACAGUCAUCCCACAGUAGGUGGGUUUUAAUGCACUUAAGUUGCCAUAAUAUAGACACUUGCAAUUAGCCAGCUCCUCCUCCAUGAACACCUUUUCUUUGUCUCAUUUGCACCACCUGCAGUAAGUGGCAGACACCCUGUCUAUCAGUGUGUAGUUGUGUAGUGGAAAGAAGACAAAUUUACUGUAUGCUCCCAAAUUCUUCUCUCUGUGUAUCCUGACAGAACAUUCCUUUUUUUAAAGUGCCUUUGAGCCAUUUAAAUUGCAUUGCCUUUAAUCAUCAGUUACUUUCAGUAAUAUGACAGAAAAAGCUAUUGGAACAUCUUUAUCAUGAUUGUCAGAAGCACUGUCUAAUAUAUAUUCAUCAAUUUCAUCACAGUGUCUUGCAAUAGCGUUAAACUUUUAUAUACACAUAAAACUGUGAUUCAGCUAAUUUUUCUACCAACAGCCACUAAAUUGAUGAUUUGUGGCUUGGACAGGUUUGGACCACUAAGAUUUUGUGCUAUUUCCCUGCCAUGGUACCAAUAUACAAUAUUUAUUCCAGAGACCAUUCCACUGUUUUGUCAAGCUCAAUACUGGCGGAUUUGUGUAUUCAGUAUUUACAAAAAUUCUAAUAAUAAUUCAUCUUUAUUUAAAAUCAUCCAGUAACUGGAUUGUCAACUUUGUAUGCAUGUGGCAUUUGAACUGGUCUAGAAGGACAGGAGUAUAGCUGCAGAGUAAAAUAAGAAUGCUUACUUGGAUAUUUGUUUACUUGGAGUUUUGUUUUAGAUGUACCUUAGCUAUAGGUCUGUGCAGGGCCACCAUCAAUAAUCAUGGGGCCAAGCCAGCCGAGCCCCUAGGCAACCCAACAUGCUCAGUGGGGGAAAGAGUGAAAAGCAGGUAGCAGAAGGCAGUGUGCACAAGGCUUGAGGGCCCGGAUUAGGGUAGGCAGAUAGUUGUGCCCCCAACCCAGCACUGAAUCUGGGGCUGCAGCAACCUGAGCCAGGACCCCCUAUGCCGCCCCCUCCUUUGCACUGCGUUAACAAGUUUAAUGUAAGAGCAGAUAAAGGGGAUGGGGGUGGGGCUGCAUCACUAUUGCACUCUCUGCAGAGCCAGAUUUCCCCUUUAAAAAAUAUAAAUUCAGCUCUUAAGGUUGAGAGAGGCGGCUUUUCCUGCCCCGCUUACUGGCCACUCACUGCUCCUGAGGCAACGUUCUCACCUUUCUUCAUGGCACGAGCGUCCCUGACUCUACAGUUGCACCCUAGGCACAUGGCUCUUCUGCCUACCCUUAGUUCUGGCCCUGCAUAGGGCACCUUACUACUAAGAUAGGGGGAACCAAGGAGGCCUUUAUUAUUAGCUAACUGCUCACUUGAGCCCCUUGGGUGGUGGGCCCUGCAAAAAAGUAAAAUAAGGCGCCAACAAAAGAAAUGUCCUUCCUUGAUCUGCCCCAAUCGCUCUCAAGUAAUGCCAAAACUCCACCUUCACCCCAACAAAUAGCUGUACACUCCUCACAAGCCCCCAGCCCUGGGUGUCUGUGCCUGUUGCCAUUAUUCAACUGCCAUUGAAUUUAAAUUGUUUAAUAGUAUUGUCUGGAUGUUUUACCUGCUGAUACACUGAAACAGAACAAAACAGUGUCCACAGAAAUGCUGAAUAUUGCUGAAUAAUGUAUACCCCUUCCAUUUCUUUCUAAAUGUAGGGUAUAUCCUUAAAGAUUAAUUUUGGUUUCUUGUUUUAUUCCAAACAAUUGUACAAUCAUUUUUUAUUAUGAAUGUAUAUACAUGUUUUUGUACAUGAAAUUAAAUAUAUAUAUUUCUUUACACUUUGCAGAUAGAAAUGCUUAAACUGUCAAUAAAAGCGUAUUUUAAUCAA